ACGGUACAGAGACAUAUCUACCUACUCGUCGUUUCUUCCGCGUUGAAAUCGCCUUUUCCACGGGCAGCGAGCUUUCCUUCAUACAACUACAGUUCACAUUGAACCACGCGCGCUGCACCAUUCGUCAUCGUCGUCGCCAUGGCCAGUAAGGAAUCAGUCGGUUACAGUGUGGAAAAGUGUCCCAAGGAAUAUCAACCCUACAGUUGUAAUCUAACAGAUCGCGAACGAAGUCACGCCAAAGAUCAGCUGGGAGAAGAUGACGCAAUCCGGGAACAGGCCUUACAAAAUAUGCGGGAAUGGAUCGCCACUCACCCGCACAUUCGAAAGUGUCGAACAGAUCCAACCUUUCUCUUACGGUUUUUGAGGGCGCGAAAGUACAAUUUGGCGGAAGCAUGCGAAACCCUGGAGCGAUACCUCUCGAUGCGACAAGUGUUCCGAAUUUGGUUCGAGACUUUGGACCCCGAGGACAAGUACAUGAAGCAGCUGCUGGCUACGGAAGGGGCUCUUCCGCUUGGAGUUGACAAGCACGGACGAAUGAUCGCUCUGGUCAAGGUUCGCAACUUCGAUGCCACCAAGUACACCUGCCAUCACUUGGGGCGAUUUACGCAUAUGGCAAUGGAGGCGUUCUAUGACGAUGAACAGGUUCAAAUUGGCGGAGGUGUGGCGAUCAUCGACUGUCAGGACGCCACAAUGGCCCAUUUCACGUUGUUCAAGCUGUCCGACAUUCGUAACUUCAUGGAAUGUUUGAAGCAUGCACUUCCCGUACGUGUCCAGGAGGUGCACCUGAUCGGUCUACCGCGCAUUGGAGCAGCAAUCGGUGAUCUCAUCCUCAAUUUUGCCAGUGCCGAGAUGAAACGUAGAAUCAAUUUUCACGCAAACCUGUCGGACGCCCUCAAGCUGCUGGAUGUGCAACUGUUGCCGGUGGAAUACGGUGGCACGCAGUGUGCAAGGGAAGUUACCGAGCGUUUGAGGGAUCGGUUGGCGGCCAGCAGGGAAGUUUUGUUGCUACUGGACGAGCUGGAGAUCGAUGGAGCGCCCUAUGCUGGGUUCUGGAACCAGGGCAAAGACGAGGACGUGGAGUUUGGGAUGGAAAUUGACUGAUUUAAUUGUUUGCUAACAACCGGCCAGUGAAUUUACACAGAUUUCAAUCGCUGAAUUAAUUGUUGAUAGUUGUUCUAUAUUCAAAUCGUAAUGCGACUCAAUUUUUAUAAUGAAUAGUUUGAUACUACAAUUCGUCUAAGCUUCCGACUCUUGAACAAAAAAAUCUAUAGUUUACACUCCUUUUGAGCUCGAUAAGCAUACUUAAAGUGAUGUGAAAUGAAAACGUUUACAGAGAAUGAAAAUAUGCACUAUAAACAAAUUGUAAUCUAUUUGAAUGAUCUAAAAUCUUCAACUGAUCAAAGUUUUGAAUUCAAGGAACGGAUUGGCAAUCGUGACUCAUAUUUAUAAGUUUAAUAAUUCAAUUUUAUUGUUUGAAUUUUGAUAUGAUGUUCAGGUAGGUACUUUUCAAUACUCAGAAUCGAUGAACGUAAAAUAAAUAUUGAUUAUACUAGAAAAAAAGAUAAUCACGGUUGAAUAGUU